GAGACGCUAGAGGGAGUUUGUUAUUUUAAGAAAAUAUUUGAUGGUCUUCAAAGGGGUAAAUCGUGAAAGAAGAGCCCUCUGGGCUAGAAUGUCGUUUGGGGAAAGGGAAUUUUUCUUACCGAAAUGGUCAAAACAGAACCUUUUUCAUUUUUUUCAGGAGUACACUUUUGUCUGAGAAGUAUCCCGUCGGUUCCAAAUUUUCUUCUAAGCAGAAGAGUGGCUCAUUUUAUGGUGGCACAUCAUUAAUAAAAUGUGUACACUCCCACGCAAGAAAAAACAACAAACAUUUAUUUCGUUGUUUUGUUGUACUUUACAAGCUGCUUCCUUCCUAUCAGUAAUUAUAGCGAAAUCAUUGCGAACACGUUCGGAUUUGUCUCAGAGUAUGUCUUCUGGAAGUAUAUUUAACUGCUUCUGGGUCUAGUCUUAUAUAUCUUUUCAUAGGUGUGUUAUUGGUUCCAUAAGCUAACAUGAAAAACAUAGAAGGGAUUUGGGAUAACUUGCAUGUAUUCUACAAACUGCGGCACACAGCCAAAAAUUUUCAGCGUAUGAAAAGAAUGCUUCGUUUGUUUAGUUUUGAUUACGAAGUAGACAGCAAAGGUACCUGGCAAAAAGAUGGUUCAAAGCGAGCCGUCACUCAAACGGGCCGAAGGCCCGUUUUCCGAUGGAAGCGUUAUUACACCAUGAAAAGUCAGAAGGAACGGGCCAAAGGCCCGUCCCAAACGCCGCCGGCAGGCCAAGCUAGGCCCGCUCCCUGCCGAAGCGAGUUGCCUGUGGAGCGAAGCGGAGCUGGCAACUUGGUUUGGCGGAAGAGCGGGCCUAGCUUGUUGGUCUUGUUACGGUGCACCCCUGAUAUCCGAGAAGAUAAAAACAUUCGAAACUGCCAAUCAGUUCCGUGAAACGCGACAUGCACCGUCGCGAUACGUAGAGGUCGCGCGCAGCUGUGGUGAUCAAUAUUGUGGUAUGGUGGUCUCUCUGGCAGCCGCUUCGAGUUCCCAAAUUCAAAUACGAUCCGGGUCAGGAAAAGUUUGUCCAGUAUCGCCCAGCUGUUGCACACUGUCUUAAAAAGUUCAAAAGAAUUUUAAGAGGGUGCAACCUCGAUGACUUUUAUAUUUAAACAGGCUCCAAGCCGUAGUAUGGCACGGCGAUUGCGCCUGGCUGCGAACUGGAAGUCGACUGCAUUUCAGCUGCACGACAGCUCAAUCAAAACUAACAUCACCAUGGAAUAGGCCAAUAGACCUAGCGAUUCUCUGUGCAGGCCGCCGUGAUCUAGGGGAAGUCUAUAGUGCAUUCAGGCUCUCCUUUUCUCUUAGGAAGUCCAUAGGACCUCAGGGUACAAUUUUCGGAAUAAAUGUUUAAAUGAAGCGAAUAAUAGACGACUCCACCUGGGAGUAUAGUUCUAGAAUAUAGGCGAGAGACCGAAAUAUUUGAUUGAUAACAUUACAGUGACUAACAGUCAAUGGACGUCUAAUGUGUGAAACAUAAGGUCGAAGUGAAAAGUCAAUAGUUACACUUCUGCCUGAAAAUUGCUAUUAAAAAGUUUGACCGCCGCUCACACCUGCUGAAUCGCCCAAAGUGAUAAGCCAAGCGCUGGGCGCUUCGGUUCGAAUUACCACCUGACCGACAACUUAACAGCAGUUUUGAACAGUGGCUCCGAUUUACUAAUGUCGAAAUAUCGGACAAGGCUCAUGCGACCCCACGCCCCUUUCACCAGCGUACAAACCAGUGACUCUAUCCAUUUAUAGAUGGAUAUAUAACAUAUUCUGUAUUUCCAUCAAAUCCUAUUUUGAUUGGUCGCAGGACAAAUGGACCCUAAGGAGUUUAUUGCCGAGGGUGAAAUUAUGAAGAAACUGUCCCACGACAACAUUGUCCGCCUACAUGCUAUUUUUGCGGAGAGAGAACCUAUUUUAAUUGUCAUGGAACACAUGCACCAUGGUUCUCUACUAAAGUACAUGGAAGUUGAUAUUUUUGUUCUAGAGAAACAACAGAAGCUUGAAACAACUGACUUGAUGCGACUUUCCGCCCAAAUAGCGAGUGGCAUGGCGUACCUCGAAUCAAUGCAGUACGUCCACCGGGACCUCGCCGCCCGCAAUGUCCUGGUCGGGGAGGACAAUGUCGCCAAAGUAGCUGACUUCGGCAUGGCACGCUUUGUGGAGUCGAAAGGUGUCUACGAGAGUAGUAAAAGGGGCCUCUUUCCAGUGAGGUGGACGGCGCCAGAAGUGAUUAUUUGCAACAAUCACACUAUCAAGUCAGACGUCUGGAGCUACGGCAUUCUCUUGACUGAGGUUGUGACUCGGGGAGGGCAAGUACCUUAUCCAGAUAUCCGAUCGAACGACGAAGUUAUACGAAGAGUAACAAGAGGACACCGUAUGUCUUCCCCACCUAACUGCCCUCCAAAAGUCUAUGACAUCAUGAACCAGUGCUGGCAUAAGAACCCUGAGAAGCGGCCUUCAUUUCAAAAUCUAACGGAAACUGUCUCAAAGCUUGCAGAAUCAGCCGUGGUGGAGAAUAGGACAGCGAUCCCACCACGACAGCCAUCCUCUAGGAUUACUUCACUAAUUCAAAUGAUGUUUGGAAAGAACCCAGUAGAAUAUGAGUAAAGUGGUGGGGUGAUACCCAUGGGAGAAGGGGGCACCUAGUGCCACUUUUUGGAAAUCUACCGUAGCAGGCUUAGUUUAAGGUGUAUUUUAGGUUCGCGUGCGUAAGUGCCUUUAUUUGGCCUUUUUUGACAAGAUACUAUCGAGAUAAAAAAAUAUCUAUUUAAAAAAAUAGCAUUUUUCUUUCAAAAUAAUGGAAACAAACGCUGGAACACUGCUGGAAAAUGUAAUCUUUUACCCUCUGAACAAUUCAGGGACCAAAAAAGUUCAAAACUAGUCGUUAGGGGCCGUCUAGGAAUUGUGUCCACCUUUUUCUGGAUCCAGCCCACUGUGGGGCGGGGGACCUUCCGCUAAGCAGACCUUCCAGUCGUUUCCCAGUAAUAAUGACAUAUUAUAGUAACAGCAAAGAACUGUUAUUUUCCUGUUUUUUCAAAUAGUCUUGGUUUGUAAGGGAAUUUGUUAUACAAUGGACAUUUUAAAUUGCAAAGUAAAUGUAACUCUCUUUUUUUGUGACUUUUUGUUCAUAGUAUUUACAAGCGAUGCAUCCAUCGCUCUGUCUUUAACUAUGACGAACAAUAUAUUUUUAUCAUUGAAUAAUGUCCUCUCUAUAAUUUUAACGAUAGAUUUAACUAACAGAUUAUUGUGUAGUAUCUAAAUAAAACCUAUUUUAAUCAAGA